AUGAUUUGGUUCAACGUUACCGAGUUCAACCAGACCCACCAGAACUACCUGAUACUCCUUCUCUUCGUCCUUUUUGGUCUCUUCUUCCCGGAUCUCCUAUCGAAACUAGAAGGGGAAUAUCAAGCGCCUAUUUUCACACAAGACCUGAUCAACCUUGAACUUAUUGCCGGACCCUGGUUCAUCCCAGACAUGGACUUGGUUGAGCUAUCAAUCUGCUCGGGUAUGGUUUUUGCGGUGAUAACUACGCUAGGUUUCGUGAUGGGUUUCUGGGACGAUAUCUCUCCUUGGAUUAUGACUGGACUGAACAAGCUCUUCUCCGUGGUGCUCGGUUUCAAGUGGCUGGUUAAACAGCUCGCCGUCGUACGCUCUUACCAAGGGCUCCGCACCACGUUGCUCCUCACCCUCAAUGAGUUGAAGCAAUCGACUAGCUGCCGUCUUUUGUGCCGGGUCCCCUUCGAGGCAAUCCUGUGGCUGUACUCUGCCCCUGACCCCCGGGUCAUGAUCAUUCGAUUCAUGGCGCUAGGAUUCUUCGGCGUGGUCGCGUGCAUCACCAUGUUCCUUUGCGGAGGACAGCUCCUGUCGGGCUUUGCCGCUGGUCUGUUCUCCACACAGUGGGACAUGGGUGUGUACUGCUCCUUCUCGCCUCGAAAUUACUUCUACCUGCCUUCUGGCCGGGGUCGAUUGUUGGCAGAGUUCCACUGUUUCGGGCGUAACCUGGGCGUGAACUUGAACGGAGUGGUCGAUGAGAACCAAGCGCUGCUUGACAGUCAUCAGGAUGAGUGGCCUCUUCUUCCUAUUGUUCUGCUUGCUCUUGUCUGUGUCCUUGCCUGGAUGUACUACGUUCUCUCUGAGACCGUCGCUGCCGAACAAAUCGCCCAGCCUGAACCUGUGGUUCAGGCCCAGACAGUGAACUGCGCCGUCGACCAGGGAGCACAGACCGACGAUUCUGCUGUGCUUGAACGCGAGCGUCAACUCGAGACAAAGAUGCAGGCUUUGAUCAACGAACACGCUAGCGAGUGUGAAAGCUACAAGAAGACGAUCAAAGCCCAGGAGGAGCGCAUCGUAGCGGACGCCGCGAAGCAGUUGGCAACGAAGCAACGGGGAGAAUACGGGGAGUUCUUCGGCACGCUGCCUGCGCCUCGCGUCUCGUUCGGGGAAACAUCUUAUACUACCUCGAACGUGGAGCCGCGGCAGCGUGACAUCACUCGUUCCCAUUUGGAAGAGCAGGUCGAGAGGAAGAACGCGCAGCUCGAGAAGAUGCAGGGGGAAUUGGUGGAGGUCAGUGAGGAUCGGGACUUUCUCUCCCAGAGGGUCAGAGUGCUGGAAGCCAAGGAAGAUCGCGCCGAGGACGAGUUGCAACGUUAUCGAUCUGCCAAAGUCGAGCUGGAACGUCAGCAUGCUAAGUUGAUGGCGCAGACCGAGGCCGAAUACGUGGAUGCUAUGAACGAGGUCCAUUCGCUCAGGGAUUGUCUCUUGGAGCGGGACCGCGCGCUCGAUAACAGCAUGCAACGCGUACGGGAACUGGAAAGCCUGAGUGAUCAAGGGGGGCAGGUCUAUACGCAGCUCGAGGAAAGAUAUUAUGAGCUCGUAUCCCGCCACGAUGCACUCGUAUCCAGCAACGAAGCACUCUGCAAGGAAAGGAGCGACCUCCUGAUCGAGAUCGAAAUGGGCAAGGCCUUCGACGCCGACCCAGAGCCAGCCAAGGAGCGCGAUGCCGCCAACCAGCGGUGCGAACUCCUGAAGGGUGAGAUCAAGUCUCUGGAGGAUGAAGUCAAGGCCCUGGAGGGUAAGGCCGGGAUGUUAGAGUCGGAGAGGGAUGGUGGGGAGGCUUUGUAUCAAGGGACACUCGCUUGGGCCAAAGGGGUCGAUGAAAACUGUCGGGCAGCUUUGGCCGCCUUUGAAGAGGACCGCGACAGGCGUCUUGCCGAUCUAGAGACUGCCCUCGAGAGUGCCGAGGCCAAAGCCGCCCUGAGCGAUCGAAAUGCCCGGCAGGUCGACCACCUCGAGGGUAAACUGGCGAACGCAGAAACCCAAACCAGGGAGUGUCGGCAGGAGAUCGGGCGCCUCGAACGUAUAGCCCAGCCCCUCAGAAACCGCGUGAGGGACCUGGAGGAAGCUGCGCGUCUGUCGCAGGGGACCCCCCAAAAGCGCCGUACGAGCGACAUGGGAUCGAUCGUCACGGCCCUCGAGAAGAGCAGGGUAGAGGUCGUGGAGCUGCGGAAUGAACUCCGGAUGCUGCGCAGCCAAUCUAGCCUCAUGGUCGUUGAGUCUUCCGACCAGGCUAAGGAUGAGUUCAUCCGCCAGCUCCAGGGUGAAUUGGACAACGAGCGGAGGGCGAGGGCGGCGGCCCAAACUGCGUCGAGCGUCCAGGUUAGGGCUCUGGACGAUCAAAUCCGAAGCCUCACGAACUCCCUGUCCGACGCAAAGACCCGCCCCGGGGCGUCCCCGUUCAAUCGUUCGAACGGGAGACGCCGUCCCUUCUGAUCCUUCGACAGGACUUGUUCUCGCUCUUCGAGUCCGGCCAGUAAUGGCAACGGGCUUGAAAGAGUUUCGAGACAGAUUUCCUCGGGAUCCCGCUCAACCUGCGACCCUGCGCGGUAUUCGACCUGUCCCUUGGUGCUGAGAGUUGAUCAUGACUCCCAGCUGGACCUUCCGUAGCUACACCUGAUUCUGUGGCUGCAUGUGAGUCCGCUGGUUUGUAGACGUGUUCCUCUACUCCCGG